GCAAUGUCUUCCUCAGACUCUCAGCCCAGGUUCGGCCAGUCAGUUAAGGGUCUUUUGUCUGAUAAAGUGGGUUCUUGUAGCGGAGAUGUUAUUGCCCUUACCCGUCAAGUUUUAAAAGGAUCACGCAGUCAAGAGCUACUCGGUCAAGCAGCCAGAAAUAUGGUUAUUCAGGAGGACGCUAUUCUGCAUUCAGAAGACAGUCUAAGGAAAAUGUCCAUAAUUACCACUCAUUUGCAAUAUCAACAGGAAGCGAUACAAAAGAAUGUGGAGCACUCGAAAAACCUUCAGGAUCAACUCAGACACUUACUCAAAUGAUACGGCAGCUACACAGUAUUGAGAAUCUCACCUGAUAAUUCUACUAACCUGGUAAUGCUCAUGCCAAACCCUGGAAAGCUUCCAUUGUUCUGCCACCCAUAAGAAAAGGCUACAUAGUCCCAGGCCACAGCGUGGAUGUUUUUUUCUGUGUCGCAGCUUGUCUCUCAGCACUCACUGCAAAAACUAAAAAGCCAAUGCGGAAGGUCCCUAUGGUAUCUUGUAGACUCUCAAACAUUCAUAGAGACUUGUACAUUUGAAGUGACAUCUGGCCAUGCGUUUUUAUGUGCACUUGUAGGAUUCAUGUUUUUGCAUAUUUCUUCUUGUGUUAGCAGUUUUGACCACCUCGUUCAUUCUAAUGUGUAACCUUACAGUAAGAUACAGGGAGGUAUAACCUUACAGUAACUUGUAAAUGUUACUAUAGGUGAUGUUUGUGAUAGAUCUGUUUUACAGUUCUGUGCAGAGUGAACUGAAAUACCUAACAAGUGAAACAUUCCUAAUGGUAAAAAUGUUUCAUGUGACAAAUCAACUAGGAAAUUUGUUUUGUUUUGUGUGCUGUGUGUGACACG